AGGGAGCAGAUGGAGCGCGUUUAAUCACGCUCGUUUUCUUUUUUUUUUCCUCCCUCCGUGUCCCAUCAUGUGAGCAUCGCGCUUUGUCUGAGGUGGGGAGAUGGAUGACCAGGGCGGCUCCUGGUCGUCUCUGCAGGCGCCGGCGGCGGUCAACGCGAGCUGGACGCAGGGCGCAGGGCCGAGGCUGUCUCGGCGGACUCAGCUGGUCCUGGAGACCCUCAUGGUGCUGAUGUGUCUGGGCGCAGUGACAGGUAAUAUCCUCGUCAUUGUCAUCGUGGCUGCCACCAAGACUUUCCACUCGGUGACGUCGGUGCUGAUCAUGAACCUGGCCAUCAGCGACCUCCUGGUGGGUGUCGGCGUGAUGCCUUUUGUCGCUCUCUCCGUCAUGAACCGUGGAUGGGUGGACUUCACCGACCUCUGCUUGUACGUGGGCUACACCUCCUCCGUGUACUGCACAGCCUCUGUCCUGACAUUAGCUGCGAUCGCCCUCGACCGCUACCACUCCAUCAUGGACUGCCUGCGCUACAGCUCCCGCUGCACCCUGUGGAGGACCUGCGCCGUGGUCCUGUGGAUCUGGCUGCAGGCUCUGGUCACCAGUUGCCCUCCCCUCCUGGGCUGGAGCUCCGUCAGCUACGUGUCUCCCAUGUACAGCUGUGCGGUGAACUGGGCCAGCAGUCCCAGCUACACCGCCUUCAUGGCUGCUCUCUCCUACGCCAUCCCGGCAGUGGUCAUCCUCUUCUGCUACGUGAACAUUGUGAAGGUGGCCCGCAGCCACGCCAGGAGGAUCCACACCUUGGAGGACUCUGUCCAGCGCAGCAGGAGUUCAGACUCGUCCCUGGCUCAGAGCGAUUCCUCUCAUCAGAACUGUGGGAGCCCGCAGGGCCCGUCGAGGCUCAUCUACCAUGUAAGUGGACGGUUUGUGUCCGAGGUCAGCGGAGAGGAGGGGGGUUACAUCAGCCCCGCUCUCCCUGACCCGACCACAGAGCAGAAUAGUUCUUCAUCCAGGCGCUUGCUGUCCUUCCUGGCCCAGAGCGCCUCCCAGCCUCCCCUGCAGAACUCCCAGCAGCACAAUCACGGAGUGGUGCGUCUCUUCCUGGUCAUCGCAGCCUUUUUCCUCUGCUGGACCCCUUACAUAGGCGUGGCGCUGCUUCAGGCCACAGAGACCGCAAUCUCAGGCCAGUCCAACCUCGUCCCGUCCUCUGCGGUCACCUUCUCGUACUGGCUGGUGCUGCUGAACUCUGACAUCAACCCGCUGCUGUACGCGCUGCUCAGCAAGCGUUUCCAGGGCGCCCUGCAGGGCCUGAGGCAGAAAAUAAGAGCGCGCCUGGGGAGCGUGGUGGGCAGGGGGGAGGAGGCGAGGGCCGAGGGGGAGGACGGCAGGACCAGCGACCCCUGCACCCUGACCACCACCCAUCCGAGUCCACCCUCCAGCUCUGAGACUUUACCCUGCGAUGACAACAGGUAUGCACCCUCCAUUUUCACCGUGAGCACCGACUUCCAACGCAACUCAGAGGAGCACCUGUGCAAAGUGUGUCGCCGCGAGAGUAACUCGGUGUGGCCAGAUGCUGGUGGCGACAGGAGGGUGGACUGCCUGCACGUCCCCUCUCGGGCACCAGAGGGCAGCAGACUACCUUUCUCCGCCCUCACCAAGGAGCGCCAGGCCACGUUCUUCUACGGCCAGAUAACAGUGACAGUGGAGCACGACGUUUGUUAGUCUGAUUUCUGCGGGGAAAAACUCUCACCCGUGGCCAGUCAGACUUAGACUUCAGCCAACAAUAAUCUUCAUGAUCAGUUUGUAUCUUAAUUGCUUACUUGAGUGAUUGGUGAAUGACUCAUUUGGUCCAUAAAAUGUCAGAAAAUAGUUAAAAAACACACACACACACACACACACACACACACACACACACGCACAAAAAAAAACAACAAACAAAAAAAACAUUAUGCAUUGCUUUGGUUUGUCCAACAGUCGAAAACUCAGAAAUACAUUGGUGGUAGAGAAGAAGUACUUUACUUCAAUUCAAAUAUGAGGUACCUUACUGGAGGUUUUAUUCAUUUUAUCAUUCUUCAUUUAAUUGUUCUCCUCUGCUACAUCUAGAGGAAACUGUAGCACUUUUGACUCAACUACAUUUGUCUAACAGCCUUAGUUGCUAGUUUCUUUGCAGAUUACAAUACUCAUACCCUUCCUAUCCGGUACAAAAACACCUAUCUCCCAAACUUCAUCAUUAAAGGAGUUGAGGAAUUUCUCCUGCUUCUUAUGCUAAACAAACUGUUUUCAAAUCCUCGUGGAUUAGCUGGAAAAUGCAGUGUCACCAAGCUGAAAUCAGGCGGUUUAGCUCACAAAAAAGUUUAAUUUUUAGAGAUACGCUGUUCUCAGGAAGGCGAUGCUUCAGCCAUAUGAAAAUAUACAGCAGUAACACUGACAAGGAUCAUCAUUUUGAAUAGUAAGUACUUUGAUACAUUUAAGUAUAUUUUGCUGAUAAAACUUGCUUUUCCUUAAGUGAGCUUUUGAAUGACUUUUACUUGUAGUGCAGUGUGUUGUGGUAUUGUCAUUUUACUGAAGUAAAGGAUCUGAAUAUGUCUUCCAUCACUGUAUAAAGCUUUACUUUGGCAUCAUAGAAGACUAGCAACUAUUCAGAUUUGCGAUGAUUGAGAGAAAAACCUUUGCACAGCAGUGGAUCGGCCGACAAAAUCACUAGAGAUAAUCUUUGUACCAGAACGUUUUCAAAAUUCUUGAUUGUAAGUGAGAGGGACAGUGUGCAGGAGUUGUCAUGCUUGGCAUUUUUGCUAAUAGAAAUAGCUUAAAUUGUUAACGGAUUAUAAAAAUAAUCAAUGAUGAAUUUUCUGUUGAUUGAUUAAUUUAUCAAUCAUUUCAGCUUAACAAAUAGCAUGGCAUAUACAAAUGUGUUGUGUUGUCAGUCUAAAAUGUUCAGUUUACUCUCAUGUAAGACAAAGAAAAGCUGUAGAUUGUCAUAUCUAAGAUGCUGAAACCAGCAUUCUUCUUCAAAUCUGACUAAGAAGACUCAAAGAUGAUCCAAACAGCAAAUUAAUUACAUAUCGAUUGAUCACUCGAAAUAAUGCUGUCUGUUACCAUUCCAUAAGUAAAGCGAAGCAACAAAGGACAAAACAAACCUGGACAAAAGAACUGUAUUGAAAAGAAAUCUUUUAUAUAGUACAUGUGAUUACACUCAAAGACACCCAACAGUAGAUCUAACAAAGCCAUUGUUUAUUCACGCUCUAAAUAUGUUUCCGCCUCAGUUGUGAUAAUCAUAUGUUGCAUCUCAGUGUAAAAAUCAUCAUUCCUUACAAAGGUUUACAUUUAUGUCUAGCAAUAAUUCCAGAGGAAUACAAUAUUAUUAUUUAUUGUCAUAGAGAAUGACAAUGGGAAACAGUGCUAUUGUACUCUAUUGCAAAACAAAGAAAAGGCAGUGAAGUGGACUUUGUCAGCUGUAUCUGCUCGUACAGUAUGUGCAUGCUCGUCCUGCAGAAGUCACUCACUGUCCCCUCGAGGUUAGUAAGCAACAAAAUGCAAAAAUAUUAAAAAAAACAAAAGUCCUGUACGGUGUGUCAAGAGCUUGUUCCGAAAAAAUGCAACUCGGUCAGAUGAGUACAAGAACGGAUAGUAUUAAAGAGUCUCUCUGCAGCAGUCUGUGGUGGCGCUGUAAAAAACAGAUAGCGAGCGUGUGUGGUCGAGUGAUGUUCAUACAUUCGCAGCAAGGCAGAGUUUCCACCAGUCGCUUCACCAAGGCGUGCGCCUCUUUUUGCUCUCGGGUUCGUCUCGGCUGUUAACUUGCCUCAGAAAUGUGAUUCAUGAAAAACAGACAUAGAAAGACUUGUGUUUUUUUUUUUUUCUUUUUUUUUGGACAAAUGUGGCAGAGGUGGAAAAAAAAAAAAGUGAGCCAUUCUUAUGUGUCGACACACCGCUCCCCAAGCCACAGUGAGACAGGUUUUCCAUCCACUGUCCGUUAUUUUCUCCGGGAAAAAAAUGAUUAGUUUAGAUUAGUGUGCAUACGAGUCUAGAACGUUAAAUGUGAGAAGAAUUCAAAGGGAGGCUCAGCAAUAGCUAUGGGUAAUGUUCAACGAUAUUAAAGGGGUAGUUCAAAGUUUUUCACAAAGCCUGUCUGUCAUAUUAUAAGCUGUUCGUUCUUUUAGCCUGAAGCGGUCAUUGU